GAAAAUAAAUAAUAAUACAUUGAACAUUCUUGAAUAGCGCCUCCGUGCUUUCGGUUCAAAGUGUUUUCUCUGAUGAGAUCUGUGGUUCGCUUCUGAUAGACAUAAGUUCUCUUUGCAUUUCUGUUUCAGCUGGUCAAGUAUUAUCACCCGGAAAGUUCUUGUGGCUUCGCUAUAAUGAAGAUCUACAUAAUCCUCGCGUUCAUGGCGGUAGCACAGGCUGCAAAAGUCCAGACGAGGAACCGCCGUGCGGCGUACGAGCUCCCCGACGGCGUAGAGUUCGUGGUCGGCGGCGUGCAGACGACCUUCCAGUGCGAGAGGAGCGGCUACUUCGCCGACGUCAGCAACAACUGCCAGCUGUUCCACAUCUGCAACGAGAUCUACAAGGAGGAUGGUUCGGUCGAAAUGCAGCAGUACAGCUUCUUCUGCGGCAACCAGACCGUGUUCAACCAGCUGAGCUUGACGUGCGCCCAUCCCGAGGAGUCGGUGCCGUGCCAGAACGCGCCCGACUUCUUUUACAUAAACGACAACAUCGGUCGCAUCGGCACGCCGGUCCACACCGAGGACGACCUGCAGCGUGCCGCUCCGCUUGUGCCGGGCUUUCAGCAGCAGCAGCAGCAGCAGUUCGCGGCCGCCUCCAACAGGCACGAAACCAAAGUGUCACCUCAGAAGUGAACUCGCUUUCGGAGCUGUAGUCCCGUUGUCCAUAUGCUACCGUUAUCACACGUGUGUUUUCGAUGCUCAUGUAAAUAUGCUGUACAUGUGCACGGCCACUUGCCGUCGCGCCCUGGAACCGAACGCUGCUUGAAUCAACGAGAGUUUGCGAAUCGCGAUUGAGAUCCUUGAAGGGAAUCUGUCAUGACCCAGUAUAGCGUUCGGAAUUUCGAAUACUCACGUUUUGUACCAAACAUUUAUUUAACUAUAUUUCUUAGCCUUUUCAAGGCACUUUUAUAAAUUCCAAUUUGUUGUUUGGCAAGAGAAGAACCAGGAAAGCUGAAGGUCCAUCGGGUUUUUAUGAUGCAGUAAUAGGGUCGUGUUUAUACGAUACAGCCCCGCUCGCUGACCACUCACCGAUUGCGCUCAAAGGUUGGGUAAAAAAUCGUUUGCCAUGAGCAUUGAAGGUGCCUGUGUGAGAAGGGUGCAACCUGGACGCAGGACGUGAAUGAACAUUCGUAGCCCCGUUAUAUAAGGAAACCCACUGACAUGGUAGCACCCUGUCACUCUUGUGUGCCAUGCAUAUAACACCCCCUCAGCGCUCGUUCUUUAGCACAGCGACAACGGUCUUUGCUUCCUUCGUGACACCAUGCAUGUCGCUUGCUUUCUGCGCUUUACCAGGCCACUAACGCGAACGAACUUGGGUGCGGUACGAAGAGGCAACAUGGUGUCGCCAUGGGUAACCACCACUACAUGCCCUCUUGUUUGCAUGGGAACGGUGUUUGAUAGUUUGUCUCGCAGUGUGCAUGGUUGUUAUUUGUACGACUACAAAAGGGUGACAUCGAACACAAAAACUUGUUGCUGGGAAACUUGGUGCUGUUUGCUACACAUUCUUUUUAACCGACGCAAAAAACAGACACCACACAGGGAACGCGCUUACGUGUGUCGCAUUAUCCGUGUGGUGUCUUUUUUCCGCGCCGUUAAAAGAAUGCAUAGGUGACAUCGGAGCCGUACUCUCUGUAACCGGCGCUUGAAGCUGCUACGCAAGUCUUUGGCCGCUCACUAUAGACGGCUCUGCUAUGUUCUUGUAUAUGCUCUUGCGUUGCAUGCUGUUAAAACGAUGGUUUUUGUUCGCAGCGCGCAAAGCGGUAGAUUGUAGCUGGGUAGAAUAAGCGUUCAGGCUUGGCUUUAAAGGAUGUAGCGCUAACCGGCUUGGCUAUAGGGCAGCAUAUGUCACCUUUCCCAAACUAGAGGUGCAACUGCCUUAAAUGGUCAACUAUAUAGAUUUGGUCACCUAUAAUUGGUCAUUGCAUAAACCAUUCCACAGUCGUUAUCUAAUCCUGCCUGGUGAUGGGUUAUGCGCGGGUGUAAUUUCGUAAGUUUACCGAACGGACGAGCAAUUCCCACCAAAAAGGUUGUCAAGCAAAAGUUGGGGAUCACUAUGCCACUGUCGUGUUUAAUUACUGUCGAUUAGGUUUAAAAUUCUGAUGAUCGAGUCUGCUGUGUAACUUGGGGACUGCUGCAAGUUAUCUUCACCGACCUUGGGAUCAUUCUGCACUCACUAACAGCAUUUUAAAAUGAAUCCUUAGCAAUGCGAUGCGGGCGAAAUGUAAGUUCCCAGAAGCACUUGAUACAAAGGCGUGAACGUUGUUGCGUGAAUCAGAAGAAAUUCAAAAUGACUUCUCUCUUCACAUACUUACUAAAGUAUAAGUGGACUAAGGAUGCCUUAACUUCACUGAACUUCAGCGCUUGUUUCAUUUUGCUUAUAGUCUCGGUCACCUGUCGCUGUUAUUUUAUUGCCACAUCGCAUUUCUUUCAUUGCGUAUCAUCUAAUCUCAUUGCUGAAGUGCGCAUGACGAGAAAAUACACCAAAGACGCAACUGCAUUAACAAUGUCGGGAGACCAAACCAAAGCUUUGAAAAGCUAGCUUAUUUUUCGUGUGUGCGCUCAGGGAUGCAUGGCCAUUCCCUGGCUGUCUUUUUACUUUCCUAACAUGUCUCACGGACAUAUAUAGCUAUCGCGAUAACUGGUGUAAACAUUAAGUUUCAUGAUGGUGGAGAGAAAAUUAUUUACCACACUUUGUAACCACGUAGCGACUUUUCUUUACGAGGUCACAGCAAGCUCCACGGAAGUGCGGCAAGCCACGGCUAAAAGAGAGCGCUACUGUCAUAGCAACUGCCACGAUGGCCCACUGGCUGUACCUUCGGGAGCAGUACAAUGUUUUGUUGUAAUGGUGGAUGACUGGCUAUAAGUCUGUGAAGCGCAUGACCCAAUUCUUUCCUCUUUUGCGUGGGCCAUCAAAAGCGUGGGAACACACAAUGAAGGUAUGUGAAUAUAAUCUCUUGUAACAGGUUUCUCUCGUAACAGGUGCGCAUGUCGCACGUGGUACUAUCCGCUAUUCCAGUGAGAAAGACGUAGUUGAUGAACGCAACAGCAAGGCGCAAACGGUCCAACAUGGUUUGUCGCGCCAUGGAAAUCCAGUCAGUAGAAGCAGCUGUAGGUUAGAUGAAAACUAACGUAGAAGAUACAUGAUGAAAAGGUUCGACUCCCACAGGGGCAUUGUACAAUCGCGAGCCAUAAAGCGAAGGCCAGCCGCAGCGCCAGUUCGCGAAAGCGGAAUCAAUACUCACCAACCACAGUCAUUUGCAGAUCAGGCGACUUGGUCGGGGCGAUCAUUUCCAAUAAUAGCAGUGUCCCGGAAGCCUUUAGGGAUACAGCGACAUCAGCGCGUUGCAUCUCGUAUUCUUUGGAUCGAUGGCUGCCUUAGAGUCGCACACGAUGGUCCAAUGUUGAGGCGGCUCCUAACAAAUGAACUUAAGUGCAGCUCGUAGUGAGUACCCGUAGAUGUGUGACUCAAGAUGCUUUCAAUUUGAUCAAAGUUGACUUCGCCGAGGUGACAACUGCAGUUGUCGAGCUGUUGAGUUGAACCGAACCAUCUGUGUAAACACGUUGCCGAGCUCUGUGCAUUAUAGUUGCUUGAUUGAAAACUUGCAGCGGUACUUCAGCGGCUUUGUUCUUGAUACCUAUAGAAUAGUCAGUUGUAUCUUAAGCCGGUGCACACACCACAAAGGUACCAACGCUUGUGUAGCAGGCGUUAAUUGUGAUGUUGAGUAGGAUUAAUGUUAAGAAAUUAUGGUAGCGAAUGUUAUACGUGGCCGCAUUGCUGGCUGGUAUGCAGUAGGGUGAGUGGGAAGCCGAGUCAUGGACCAAAAAGAGAGCGAGAGCUCUUCUUUGGAAGCGGAGGUUGGCUGGCGUAAAGGUGCUCUCUUACAUGAUAUACUAUGCAAAGGUGGGGGG